ACCCUGGAGAUCCAUCAUUACUUCGGAGGAUAAGAUGGCGGAGCAAGAAUAUUUCGUAAGGAACGUUGAGAGAAAUGACGGAUCUAUCUUGAAAAUAAAGCAGUGCUAUAAGGGAGACGUGGGUUGUGUGGUGUGGGAUGCGGCCAUUGUGCUUUCAAAAUAUUUAGAAACGAAAACAUUUGUUGACCCUGGCUCGGGUGUGAACAUGUGGGCUAACAGAAACGUUCUGGAGUUAGGAGCAGGGACAGGAGUAGUGGGGCUCAUGGCAGCAUGUUUGGGAGCUCAGGUUACAGUGACAGACUUGGAGGACCUUCAAACUCUACUCGAAGUCAAUAUUGAAGACAACCGGGCACUUAUCAGCAGUGGCUCUAUAACAGCCAAGGUACUGAAAUGGGGAGAAAAUCUUUCUAAGUUUCUACCAUAUCCACAUUUUAUCCUGAUGGCGGACUGCAUUUAUUAUGAACAGUCUGUGAAGCCACUGGUGGAAACCCUGAAACGCUUGGUUGGACCGGAGACCUGCAUCAUAUGCUGUUAUGAGCAACGUACUGAGGGCCUCAACCCCAAAGUGGAGAAACAAUUUUUUGAGUUGUUACUACAAGGUUUCCAGGCUGAAGAGAUCCCUUUGGACAAGCAGGACCCAGAGUAUAACAGUCCUGACAUCCGAAUCCUUCACAUUCGCAAAGCUGUCUGAGGGGAUGAGUGUCUGUGUGUGCUCUGUAAGGGUUGUGGUAUAAAAGUAAUUUGUAUAGAUGGAGAAAUGUCAUAAAUGCUGACCUGACAUUCACUCCAACCUAGCAGUAAUUAAAAAAAGACUUCUGAAAAUGCUUCAGAGACUUUGAGUCUCAGAAAAAAAACGAAAUGCACUAUAAUAAACAGAAGAUCUGAAUCUUAUUCAGAACUUUACUUUCUUAUUAUAUCAUUUAACUGUUGGAAAACGCCUUGUGGGAUGAUUAACUGCUUCUUAAUAGAAGCUUUGGAAAUCAGUUUAUAUUCCUUUUCUAUCGUAUAUAUAUAUUUUUUUUCCCUAGCCAAUAUGCUUUAAAAUCUGCAUUGCUUGCAAUUGAGGUUUUUAGGGUGGUUAUCUGGAUAGCAAGAGGGCCUUAUACCGAAAGUAUUCAGACCCCUUGGCCUUUACACAUUGGUGUGCAUUUUCUACAUCAAGUGUGAUUAACUGAAUUCAACAGGUCCACUCAAUUUGAAGUGACACAGCAAAGGGUCUGAAUACUUUAAUUCAUGAUAUUUCUGUUUAUUUUUAACCACAUCCCAUUGUGUUUUCACUGGGCCGUUAUGGUGUUUUGUGUAAAAGAUUAAAAGUAAAUACAAUGUAACACAAGAAAAAGUGGAGAAGUGAAGAGGUUGAUUAAUUUCCCGAAGGCUCUGUAAAUAUGAUUCACUAAUGUAGAAGCCACACAAUUAAUAUUCUCUGCAAUGCACACAGUUUUUCAGUGUUUUGGGCUCUCAUCCUAGUUCAUUUGGUACACAGCUUGAAACUAUGAACAUGAAAUUAUUUGCCUCCGUGCCUCUGCACACCACCCGGUCUGUUCUGUUGUGCAUGAUUAGUCAUGGAUUACUAGACUCCAUGCAAACUGCUACCUAGGGAUCUCCUGGUAGAUAGGAAUGGUUGUAGCCAUGUCCUCUCCUGUGACCUGCUUCUAUGAUUAGCAGCGACUGCCCGUCGUAUGUCACAAACAGAUGGGUCCUCUAAACUAACACAUGACACUCAGAUGAUACAUGGGACAAAAGUCACGUUCUUCCACGUCAGUCCCAUUUCCAAACACUAGGGGGCAGUAGUUGCUAAGAGUGGGAAAUGGUGAGCUAGUUGAAUUUACUUGCAUUACCCUCCAUUUCCAUGCGUGUAACAAAACUCAGAAGUUGACAUCCAGGGGCUCCUUUCCCACAUGCUGUCCAAUACUGAACUUUCAUUUUUUCCCACAUUUGUUUUUCAUAGAAUUGUGCUGCCCGUAUAAACGCAGCCAGAGACCUUUUGAAACACACAAUCAAAAGCAUGUCAUAUAAUUACAAGAGCCUCUCCAUUCAUUUGUAAGUCAUGUCAGAUAACUCCAAACGCUUGUCAGACUAGCACCUGCAUCCAUUUGAGCUCCAUCCAAGUGCCGACCAGAGGGUCUAAUCACGCCAUAGCCACUUUCAGUAAUAUCCACCCUCCGCUUUAGGGGACACACCUCUGCUAAUGCCAGAGGUGUGUGUGCAUGCACAUGGAGUGGUAUGGGUUAGGGGCUGAUUAGGGAUUCAAACCACAGAGCACGGCCCAUAAUCCCCCAGGCAUGCAUGGGUCCCCUCGCAGCCUUUCAUGCUGAUCUCGGUUUACAUUGUAGGGUUGUAGUGUUACCGGGGGUGUCCCGAUAUACCGGUAUUGACGAUAACCGUGAUAUUUAAUGUUGAUAUCAUGUUAAUAAUAGACUGAGGUUUUCCAUAAACCCCUCGGUUUUUCGAUACCUUAUUCAUUUCACUUAUAGACUAACGAUGUGCUUAAACAAGGAGACUGGACCUAUGCCCUGGCAUUGAAAUCAGCCCGUUAGCGCCACUAGAACCGCCGGGAGAGAUCCGCAAAGACGCAAACCGUUUUUGUAGCCUAUUCACGUGGAAAAAAGGACGUUGUGUUUUUCCCAAAAACACCUCUUGGUUUUUCCAUAGCUUAUUCAUGGACAAACAAUGCAUGUGCUUAAACUACGAGUCUGGACAUAUACACUAGCGUUUGAAUUAACGCCUUUUCAUAGCCUAAAAAACGUUCCAAAACGAAUCUUGGUGUUAGGCCUUGUGGAUCUUUUGUUUUUCAGUUCAUCUGGUUGCCUUUUCACUGUCCAUUAAGUGUAAUUGUUCUUUUUGUACUCUUACAUUUUGGUUACAGACUCUCCACCUCCACACACUCGUAUUUGGAGUGUCAUUCAUU